AUGCCUCAAAAAGAAGUCUGUCCGCGGGGCUACCAGCAAGUGCCUCAGGCUACGAACUCUGAAGCUUCUGUUCAAGUUCGUAGCAGCACUAAGAGCAAGACUCCUUUCGACUUCACCUUCGAGGCCGUUCGCCCCAACCUCUUCCGUGCUACCUUUGCCUCGGCGGAGCACCCUAUUCCUCCUUAUCCCAGUGUCACCAAGCCCCAAACCGACCUUGACGGUAUCAACGUCUUUACCAAAGAGGAUGCCACCUCCAAGACUAUGGAUGUCGCUGGUGUCACCGCCAAGGUAGAGUGGGAGCACACCCCCGUGGUCAAACUUUCGUGGACCGGCUCCGAGAAGUCUCUACACAGUGACCUGCCUCUGCGAUCUUAUGUCGCAGAUUCUGAUGGAGUGGCCAACUACUCUAUCCAUGACCGGGAAUGUCUCCACGUCGGUCUGGGCGAGAAGGCAGCACCUAUGGACCUGAGCGGUCGUAGCUUCCAGCUCUCCGCCACCGACUGCUUCGGGUACGAUGUCUACAAGACCGACCCUUUAUACAAGCACAUUCCCCUUCUGAUCAAGGCCUCGGCUGAGGGUUGUGUAGCCAUAUUUUCCACCACUCACGGUCGAGGUCUGUGGUCCGUUGGUGCCGAGAUCGAUGGUCUCUGGGGUCAUUUCAAGGUGUACCGCCAGGACUAUGGUGGUCUUGAGCAAUACUACAUUGUCGGCAAGUCUAUCCCAGAUGUUGUCCGAUCCUAUGCCGAGUUAGUCGGCUUCCCAAUUCUCGUGCCCCGCUGGGCGUAUGGAUACAUCUCUGGUGGCUACAAGUACACCAUGCUGGAUGAGCCCCGUGCCCACUUAGCUCUUCUUGAGUUUGCCGAGAAGCUGAAGCAGCACGGCAUCCCUUGCUCGGCUCAUCAAAUGAGUUCCGGGUACUCUAUUGCGGAGACCGAGCCUAAGGUUCGGAAUGUCUUCACUUGGAACCGACGUCGUUUCCCUGAUCCCGAGGACUGGAUCAACAAGAUGCAUCAAUAUGGUAUCCGUCUCCUGACCAACAUCAAGCCUUUCCUGCUAGAGUCUCACCCUGAUUUCCAGAGGCUCGUUGAGGCUGGUGGUUUCUUCAAAGACUCGGACAAGGAGGCCGGUUACAUGCGUCUAUGGAGCGCUGGCGGUGCUACUGGCGGCAACGGUGCUCAUAUUGAUUUCACCUCCAAGGAAGCCUUCAAAUUCUGGUAUGAUGGCGUGCAGAGCCUGAAGAAGGUUGGAAUCGAUGGCAUGUGGAAUGACAACAAUGAAUAUACCCUGCCCGAUGACGACUGGACCAUGUCUCUCAACGAGCCAUCCGUUGCCGACGCCGCCGCAAAGAACGUAAAGAACUCUGUCGGUCUCUGGGGUCGUGCCCUUCACACCGAGCUGAUGGGCAAGUCCUCACAUGAUGCCCUCCUCGACAUGGAACCGAAAUACCGCCCCUUCGUUCUGACCCGCAGUUCGACAGCUGGUACAAACCGGUACGCUGCCAGCUCCUGGAGUGGUGACAAUGUCACCAGCUGGGAGAACAUGAAAGGAGCCAAUGCCCUGUCUCUGAACGCAGGCAUGUCUCUGCUGCAAUGCGAGGGCCACGACAUCGGUGGAUUCGAAGGCCCCCAGCCCUCCCCCGAACUCCUCCUCCGUUGGAUUCAACUGGGCUGCCACGCACCCCGCUUCGCCAUCAACUGCUUCAAGACCUCGCCCAAGGAUUCCUCUGUCGGAGACGUCAUCGAGCCCUUCAUGUAUCCCGAGAUCACCCCCCAAGUCCGAGACACCAUCAAGCGUCGCUACGAGAUGCUACCCUACAUCUACUCCCUCGGACUCGAGAGCCACAUGUUCGCCGCACCACCCCAGCGCUGGACGGGCUGGGGCUACGAGUCCGACCCAGAAGUCUGGACCAAGGAGAUCAAAUCGGGCGAGUCCCAGUUCUGGUUCGGCGACAGCAUGAUCGUCGGCGGCGUAUACACUGCCGGCGUGAACACCGCCAAUGUCUACCUGCCCCGCAAGUCCGGCACUGCCUUCGACUACGGCUACGUGAACAUGAAUGCUCCAUAUCAGUACAUCGCCUCCGGUCAAUGGGCCGAGAUCUCAUCCGAAUGGCAAAGCAGCAUCCCACUCAUCGCCCGCAUUGGUGGCGCCAUCCCCGUCGGAAAGAACGUCCACACGCGCGUUCCUGGCGACGAUACCGCUGCUUCAAUGGCUGUCGAUGAAAUCGACGAUUACCGCGGUGUUGAGAUCUUCCCGCCUAAGGGAACCUCGCACGCUAACGUCUUCUCGAAGACUUGGUAUGAGGAUGAUGGUAUCUCAGUCAAGCCGAAGACAUCUAGUUACACUGUUAGCUACAGUUCUACCGAGGAAAAGGUCCUGGUUAAGUUCGAGCGGGAUGAGAACUCUGGCUUCGUUCCUGCUUGGAAGGAGCUGGACAUUAUUCUGCUGAAUGGUGACCAGCGUCGUGUUGUUUCCAGUACUGGUGAUGAGAUUGUCCUUAAGGGCACUGAUUCUCGUGGUCGUGUUGUUUAUACCCUCAAGGCUUGA